AUGUCUGUCGAAUUUAAAGGUUUUGCCCUCACCGACCCCGCGGCGUGGAACGAGCUGAGCCUCUACUCCUAUCAGCCAAAGACCUUUUUGGACGAGGACGUCGAGCUUGCCAUCACCCACUGUGGCGUCUGCGGCUCCGACGUGCACUCCUUGACCCAAGGUUGGGGUAACACGCGGCUUCCCCUCGUUGUGGGACAUGAAAUUGUCGGAAAUGUGACUCGGGUCGGUGCGAAGGUGACUGAGUUCAAGGUCGGCGACCGGGUCGGUAUCGGUGCCCAAAUCGGGAGCUGUAUGCAGUGCAGAAGAUGCCAGACCGGAAACGAGAACUAUUGCCUCAAGCUGAUUGAUACCUAUGUGCGUGUGUUUCCUGGUCAUCAAUUUCGCGGCAGACGAUUAACGGACGUACGGCAGAAUGAUGUGUACCCCGACGGUGUUGUUACUCAGGGCGGUUACUCUACUGCUAUCCGCGCGCAUGAGCGCUUCGUCUUCAAGAUUCCUGACGCCAUUGAGUCGAAGGAUGCGGCUUCGAUGUUCUGUGCCGGUCUCACUGUGUUCUCGCCUUUGAAGGCGAAUGGCGCAGGUCCUGGGAAGAAGGUCGGUGUCAUUGGCAUUGGUGGGCUCGGCCACUACGCAGUUCUCUUCGCAAAAGCGCUGGGUGCGGAGGUAUACGCGUUCACGCACAGCCUUAGCAAACUCGAAGACGCGAAGAAGAUGGGCGCUGACCAUGUCAUUAGCACACACGACGAGGACUUCUACAAGCCUUACCAGGGCGAGCUCGAUCUCAUCAUCUCCACCAUCGACGUCUUCAGACCCGAUCGGCCGCUGAAGGUCUAUCUCUCGAUGCUUUUUGUCCACGGCAAGUUCAUCAACGUCGGCCUGCCCGACAACGACAACCCGCUCCCUCCAAUGCAUGCAUUCGACCUUCAGCCGAAUGGUGCGUUCAUCGGAGGAUCGCAUAUCGGCUCCAAGACCGAAAUCAUGCUCACGCGGUCUCUUGCGCGCAGGGUCCAAUGCUCGACUUCCCAUUGUUUGACCCGAAGAUAG